UAAUGGGUUUGAAUGUGACCAGUGGUCGGACGGUGGACGCCGUCGACCUGUUGAAUAGAACUAUUGUUUUCUAUUAUGUUAAUAACAACAACGGAACAAAAGUGACUAGCGACCGUUUACAUGUUGUCAAAAAACGGGGGGCACACGUGUUCGGGUUCGAGCGAGCGGAAUGUAACAAGGUCCAGUAUUCAGAAAGAAAACAGAAGAAUCUAAAAGAUACGCAACAAAUGACCGUUAAAUGUCCGUUCACCUGUUUGACUAAUUAGGAACCAUCACUUCCGUUCACUCAUGAGUGAUGAUGUAAAUGUUUUUUAAUUAAGGCUUUUAACCUUUAGUACACACACCUGUUAUUGAGAAUAUUCAGAACAGACCAAUCAACAAAUAUAUUAUAACACGUGAAAAACAAGAGCCCUCGGCCUAAAUAUGAUGAUCUAAUAAGCAGAUUAAGUCUUACAGAAUCAGCCAGAUAUGCUGCGCUCUGGUUGAUCCUGUGCGAAAUUUCCCAAAAAGGGAGGGCAAAGCAGUGAUGAGGAAAUACUGCAAAACAUUAAAACGUAUCCGGUGACUCAGAUGGGUCCGUUACUGCUACCUGGAGCCCCAGCGCACGGCGGGAGCGGUCCCGCAGUUCUGGGCACCUCAUCUCGUGUCACAUUCCUCAGGUGUGUGAAGGACUGAGCGUGUGCCCAGAGGCCACUUCCUCCUCUGCUCGUCUGAGUUCUGAAGAGACGAGGCCCCGGCGUUUGCUUGGACAUGGCUCCUCUGUGCUUGAGAGGGAGCUGAUCUGAGUCCUUCCUCUCUCAGAGUCACUGAACCUAAAAACCAGUCACUCACUGGAUCCGAGCUGUUUGCUGCUGGUUCUGUUCUCCCGCUUGUUGAACCCACUGAGCGGAGCCUCUUCUUCACGGCACGAUGCCGGCAAAGACGCCCAUUUACCUAAAAACUGCAACUCCCAAGAAGGGGAAGCGCCUGCGGCUCCGUGACGUCCUCUCGGGCGACAUGAUCAGCCCCCCGCUGGGCGACGUGCGCCACAGCGCCCACGUGGGCCCCGAGGGCGAGGGCGACAUGUUUGGAGACGUGGGCUUCCUGCAGGGGAAGAUGGACAUGCUGCCGUCGCUGAGCCGCGCGCACAACGGCCACGCGCGCUCCCACAGCGUGGAGCGGCGCCCGGAGGACGAGCACCGCUCGCACAGCUACGCCUACAACGGCUUCCACUGCCAGCACUCCUCCAGCGGCCUGCUCAGGACCACCAUCUCCAUGCCGGUGUUCGUGGCCCACGAGCAGGCGCCUCCCAAGCCGCCGCGCCUCCACCUGGACGAGCCCUCGCCUCCUUCGCUGGGCUCCCAGCACCACCGCUUCCUCCAGCAGCAGGAGGCCGGGCCCCGGGCCAACGGCGGCCCCCCGCUGGGCGGCGGCCCCCCGCUGGGCGGCGGCCCCCCGCUGGGCGGCGGCCCCCCGCUGGGCGGCCCGCAGCACCCCACGCUGUCCCUGUGUGAGAACGGGGUGGUGGGCCGCCUGGCCUCGGAGCCCUGCCGCGACGUCUCCCUGUCCCCCGCCAUCCGCAGGCUCGUCCCCUCCUCCGGCUCCUUCUCGGAGGCCUCCUCUGAGGACUCCGUGUCGGACACCUGUGGGCCCCUGGACGUUCGCCGGGGCCUCAGCCUGGACUCUGACGCCGGCCUGAGCAACGAGGACCUGAGGAGCGAACGCAGCGAGUCUCCCAGCGCCCCGCCCCCCCCCACCGGCCUCACGGCCCCCGCAGACGUGCCCCGAUCAGAGUCGAUGGCAGGACUGGACCUGGACCUGGGCCCGUCCAUCAUGGAGGACGUGCUGAGCAUCAUGGAUCGCUACAAGACUGUGGACGACCGCUGUGAGCUGUGAACCAAGGAGGGAUUAACUACGUGAACAUGUUUUCCUCCUGCCCUUAAAAACUUCAGGAAGAGACAGAGGGACAAAAGGGGGGUGGAGAAGAGUCGCAUAGGUUUAAAGGUAAAGAAAGACUGAAGGAGCCCAGACGUCUGUGGACAUGGAUGUGUGGGACAUGAGUUCAGCAGCCGAGGCGUCAGGCUGGUCCUUAGGAGCCUUUUAAAGACUGUCAGACAAUGAGCCCACACCUCCACCUUAACCUCUGUCUAGGUGUCGUGCUCUCUGUUGAUCGGACUCGGUUCUGUUUCUGUCCACUUUUUGCUCAUUAAUGUUUAACAGGUUCCCAACAGAAUCAGGAGGAAACGACUGAACUGACCUGGAAGGCUCACCGUGCGUGAAGGAUAUUCAGGAGCAGCAGUCACUUAUUAAUGGCGACAAAACUCAGCCGCUAAUAAUUAAUUUUCUUCAGCAGCUUCAGGUCUGUGACGUUCAGAUCGCGGUUGACAGAUAUUAAAUCUCCUUUCUCUGUAAACUAACAGAGCCAGAUUAAAUGCAAACUGUUUACUUCACUGUCCUUGUGUAACAAAUGAAGCCCAGACGGCAACAACCUGCCCUCUGGUGUCACGUCAAAGAGGAGCAGCACCAGCCGUUUGCUGGUAGGUCUUUAUUUGGCCCGAUGGAAAUGGAGGAAGCUGAUUGUUCAAGAUUCAAGAUUCAAAAAUCUUUAUUAAUCCCAGAGGGAAAUGAUUGUCACAGAUGGAGGUAAACACAAGAAGGACGAGAGAUUAAAAAUAAAAUGCUAACACAUCUACACACUCACAUCUAAUUACUGACUUAAGUUUCAUUUUACAUGUUAUUUCCCUGAUGAAGAUCAACCCUCUCAGACAGAGGAGCAGUUGGACAGGCUGAUGCGGUGUAAGAAAAGUGCUGCUCUGUAGAUCAUUUACUUUUUUAAAACACUCCUGCUGUCAACCUCCCUGAUAUUCACUGUUUGCAUUAUCACAGUAGCCUAUUAUUCACAUGUCAUUUAUGCUGUAUAAAUCAUGUAAAUGUAUAAAUAAAAUGCUCAGUUACUCUUG